CUUCCUCCCUUCCUCCCGAGGUACAGUACCCGCCUCUUUCCCUCCCUCCCUCCCUCCCGAGGUACAGUACCCGCCUCUUUCCCUCCCUCCCUCCCUCCCGAGGUACAGUACCCGCCUCUUUCCCUCCCUCCCUCCCUCCCGAGGUACAGUACCUGCCGCUUUCCCUCCCUCCCUCCCGAGGUACAGUACCCGCCUCUUUCCCUCCCUCCCUCCCGAGGUACAGUACCCGCCGCUUUUCGAGAUGCAGGACCCGGAUCACUGACCCGCGCGCCCCGGCCCAGCGGGAAAUGGCUCGGUACCUAGUGAGCCGACCUGAACUGCACCAGUUCAUUGAGUGCUGUAUGAGUGCAGUGGGAGCGCGAAGCAGCCAUGGAUCAGCAAUGGCCGAAGUACUGGUGGAAGGAGAUUAUCGAGGACAUUACAGCCAUGGACUGAACAGACUUGAUAUGUACCUGAAGGAUCUGAAGACUGGGAUCUGUGCAAAGGAUGGGAAACCCACGGUUGAGAAGUUCACUGAGGCUACUGCAUUGGUGAAUGGCAAUAACCUGCUUGGACCUGUUGUCGGCAACUUCUGCAUGGAUCUUGCUAUCAGCAAGGCCAAAAAAGUGGGGGUAGGCUGGGUGUGUGCUUAUGGUUCCAACCACUAUGGCAUUGCAGGGUUCUAUUCCAUGAAAGCCGUGAAAUGUGGCCUCAUUGGGAUGUCUUGUACCAACACUUCUCCACUUGUGGUGGCAACCAGAGCAAAGGAGUGCACUUUGGGAACCAAUCCUAUCAGUGUCGCUGCUCCUGCCCUGGGUGACGACGCCUUUGUGUUGGACAUGGCCACAUCAGCUGUGGCAUUGGGAAAGGUAGAAGUUCAACACCGACGUGGAGAGAUGGUUCCGGAAGGAUGGGGCUGUGACCCCAAUGGCAAAAACACCACAGACCCAGCAAGUAUCCUGCAUGGAGGGGGUCUGUUGCCUCUGGGAGGAAGUGAAGCUACAAGUGGCUACAAGGGCUAUGGACUCAGUCUGAUGGUGGAGAUGUUCUGUGGAAUUCUAGCAGGAGCUCAUUACAGUAACAAUGUCCGCCGCUGGAAGGAGACGGACAUGGUGGCAGAUUUGGGCCAGUGCUUCGUUGCCAUCAAUCCAGAUGUUUUCGCCCCGGGCUUCAGGUCCAGGAUGUCUGACCUGCUCAAAAUACACCGAAAUCUGGAACCGAGUGAGCCAGGGCUGUGUGUCCUCAUACCGGGAGAUCCAGAGAGGCAGCACAUGGCAGAGUGCGAUCAGUAUGAGGCCAUCCCGUACCACAUCAACGUGGUUGACCAUGUGAACUCGGUGGCGAAAGAGCUGGGAGUCAAACCGCUCCCUACUGACCAUACGAUCGAUCCCUAGCCGCAGUUAGUGGGCUGAGACUGACUGGCAGAUACUGAGGAGCUGAGAAAGGCCAAAGGGACCUCUUUGCCUUUGAUUGUGUAGUGAUAAUUCCUGCAUUUGCUGCAAUUUGUUUUCAGUUAGUUCAAGUCUGACCUCGGCACUUGCCCAGGCAGAAGCUUCACUUGCUGCAGGGGUGGCAGGAGGGAGCAAGUUCACAGGGUUAGCAGAUGUUUUGGGGUUCAUUGCUUAUGUCAUCCUCAUGCAGUUGUGUUGUGUGUUGUGCUUUAGAAUUGCAGAGAAUCCCCUCUGCUCAAUAAAAGGUGCUGCUUUUAACCACUA